AUGGCUGAGCAGACUCCCACUUUCAAAUUGGUCCUCGUCGGUGAUGGCGGUACCGGAAAGACCACCUUCGUCAAGCGCCACUUGACUGGUGAAUUCGAGAAGAAGUACAUCGCCACCUUGGGUGUCGAGGUCCACCCCUUGAGCUUCACCACCAACUUCGGCCAGAUCAUCUUCAACACCUGGGACACUGGCAACAUCAACGGACAGUGCGGUAUCAUCAUGUUCGAUCUUACCUCCCGCAUCACAUACAAGAACGUCCCCAACUGGCACCGUGAUCUCGUCCGUGUCUGCGAGAACAUCCCAAUUGUUCUCUGCGGUAACAAGGUCGAUAUCAAGGAGCGUAAGGUCAAGCCCAAGGCAAUUGACUUCCACCGCAAGAAGUCCCUCCAGUACUACGACAUCUCUGCCAAGUCCAACUACAACUUCGAGAAGCCCUUCCUCUGGUUGGCCCGUAAGUUGGCUGGUCACCAGGAUUUGGAGUUCGUUGCCUCCCCCGCUUUGGCCCCCGCUGAGGUCCAGGUCGAUGCUACCCUUAUGCAGCAGUACAACGAGGAGUUGAACAACGCCGCUGCCAUGCCUCUUCCCGAGGAGGAUGAUGACCUGUAA